AUGAACAAUGUCGGAACGGUAGCUCUGCGAAUAGCCAGGACUGGCAUACAAUCUUCUCCCUCUCACACUCUCUUCACGCCCAUUUCGCGCACAUGGCUUCUCAGGUCCUUUUCCUGUCACAGCCAGGAGUCUCUUGUAAUCCAGCGAUCGCGCAAUGUUCUACCUCAAGCUCCUUUGCGGAAAUUCCAGUUUCGUACCUUCUCGCAGUCUACGACACGCAGCUUCCGCCAGUCUCCCAUUGUUCAGAAAUUGAAACCCUACGGAGCCGAUAAUAAACCCGAGAAAGGCUUGAAAUUUCAGGAUGCCGACCUCAGCAGAGAGCAGAUAGUGUCUAUCUUCGGAAGCCAUGCGCCUCCCACCCAGUUUGCGAAUCGAUUGCUCCGAGUCCUCCAUGGCCGCCGCCAUGAUGGAACGCUGGAUCUCCCACUUCCCAAAGACGUCGAGUCGGAGUUGGCGAAAUUUCCCCACGCCUUCGAGGACGGUUUACGUUAUCUGAGGCAAGCAUAUCCGAUCGAUGAAGACGAGGCGAUUCUAUACCGCAUUGAACGGGAAGAGGACGAACGUGAAAAGGACCAUCCUUCGGUACUGAUGCAGAAGGGUCAAGAUAUCGGUCUCUACAGAGCACAUAAAGCACCAGAAGAACAAUACUACGGCCCCCAAAGUGGACACUAUCAGGCCGAACUAAGCGAAAGAGAGAGCGACCCGUAUGGAAAGAGUGAACUGGACAGGAUCCGUGCAGAAAAUGAAGCCAGGCGCGAAAAGGAAGAGGCGGAGUUACAGGCACAAAUCGACAAGGAAAUGGAGAAAGCUCAAAAGGUCCAUGAUGAACGGUCCAGAGCCCUCGCUCAACGACCAGAACAAGGACUCGAAACGGCCAAAGAGCUGAGACCGCCCAACAGCUUUGAGAGAUGGGUGCUCAGGGCCCGCAACAGAGCCCAGUCUAAGCUGACGCUCGAAUCGCCAGAGAUCGCUCAGAUGAGCAUAUUCCGACGCCUCUUUCCUUCCCUCCUCCUGGUGGCCUUGUUAUGUGGCGGUUCUUACAUGUUCGCCCAAGCCUGGACUCGCCCAAAGCAGUCCGACCGACUCUUUCCGGGUGUGUCGCUUUCAGUCGCCACCAUUGGCACCCUGAUUGCCAUGAACGCCGCUAUUUGGCUGGCUUGGAAGUUCCCGCCUUGCUGGUCCUUGCUGAACAAAUACUUUUUAUUUGUUCCCGCUUAUCCUUAUGCACUCAGCAUGCUUGGGAACCUGUUUAGCCACCAAACAUUGUGGCACUUGACCAUGAACAUGGGGGCAUUGGCAAUCUUUGGUCUUCCUCUUCACGAAGAGGUUGGCCGCGGAAAUUUUCUGUCCAUUUACUUCACUUCGGGUUUGAUUGGAGGGUUUGUAAGUUUUGCCCGCCAUCUUGCUCAGCGCAAUUUGGCAACUUCGGUUCUUGGGGCGAGUGGCUGCGUCUAUGGCAUUAUAUCUGCAUAUCUUGCCCUUCAUUCCCGGUAA